AUGAGUCAGUUAGAAUAUUGUCUCAAGGCUCAUAAUAAUUACCGAGCAAAACACGGUGCUCCACCUUUAAAGUUAAACGACCAAAUCAGUGCUUUCAGUCAACAAUGGGCUGAAUAUUUGGCCCGAAACAAUAAAUUCGAACAUAGCCAGAACAGCGAAUAUGGAGAGAAUAUAUUUUUUUUUCAAAACUCUGAUCCAAAUUGGACAUUGAGAGGUAAUGAGGCAGUGGACAGUUGGUACGAUGAGAUAGAGAGUUACGACUUCAAAAAUCCUGGAUUCUCUAUGGGUACCGGACAUUUUACUCAAGUUGUAUGGACGGGCAGUCAGGAACUAGGAGUGGGAAUUGCGAAAUCUGGUAAUAAAACGUAUGUAGUUUGCAAUUAUUACCCUCCUGGUAACUACCAAGGACAAUUCCAAGAAAACGUACUUCCUGCUGGCACUUCUGCACCACCGACAAAUACAAAACCACAUGAAACUCCAUCAGCAGCACCAUCAAAGACAAAACCGCAUGAAACUCCAUCAACUUUAUCUAGUCAAAUAGAUGCAUGUUUGGAGGCACAUAAUAAUUACCGAGCAAAACACGGUGCUUCACCUUUGAAGUUAAAUCAACAGAUCAGUGCUCUAAGUCAACAAUGGGCUGAACAUUUGGCACGGAACAACAAAUUCGAGCAUAGUCAGAACAAUGAAUAUGGAGAGAAUAUAUAUUAUUCUCAAAAUUCUGAUCCAAAUUGGACAUUGAGAGGUCAAGAGGCAGUGGACAGUUGGUACGAUGAGAUAGAGAGUUACGACUUCAAAAAUCCUGGAUUCUCUAUGGGUACCGGACAUUUUACUCAAGUUGUAUGGACAGGCAGUCAGGAACUAGGAGUGGGAAUUGCAAAAUCUGGUAAUAAAACGUAUGUAGUUUGCAAUUAUUACCCUCCUGGUAACUACCAAGGACAAUUCCAAGAAAACGUACUUCCUGCUGGCACUUCUGCACCACCGACAAAUACAAAACCACAUGAAACUCCAUCAGCAGCACCAUCAAAGACAAAACCGCAUGAAACUCCAUCAACUUUAUCUAGUCAAAUAGAUGCAUGUUUGGAGGCACAUAAUAAUUACCGAGCAAAACACGGUGCUUCACCUUUGAAGUUAAAUCAACAGAUCAGUGCUCUAAGUCAACAAUGGGCUGAACAUUUGGCACGGAACAACAAAUUCGAGCAUAGUCAGAACAAUGAAUAUGGAGAGAAUAUAUAUUAUUCUCAAAACUCUGAUCCAAAUUGGACAUUGAGAGGUCAAGAGGCAGUGGACAGUUGGUACGAUGAGAUAGAGAGUUACGACUUCAAAAAUCCUGGAUUCUCUAUGGGUACCGGACAUUUUACUCAAGUUGUAUGGACAGGCAGUCAGGAACUAGGAGUGGGAAUUGCGAAAUCUGGUAAUAAAACGUAUGUAGUUUGCAAUUAUUACCCUCCUGGUAACUACCAAGGACAAUUCCAAGAAAACGUACUUCCUGCUGGCACUUCUGCACCACCGACAAAUACAAAACCACAUGAAACUCCAUCAGCAGCACCAUCAAAGACAAAACCGCAUGAAACUCCAUCAACUUUAUCUAGUCAAAUAGAUGCAUGUUUGGAGGCACAUAAUAAUUACCGAGCAAAACACGGUGCUUCACCUUUGAAGUUAAAUCAACAGAUCAGUGCUCUAAGUCAACAAUGGGCUGAACAUUUGGCACGGAACAACAAAUUCGAGCAUAGUCAGAACAAUGAAUAUGGAGAGAAUAUAUAUUAUUCUCAAAACUCUGAUCCAAAUUGGACAUUGAGAGGUCAAGAGGCAGUGGACAGUUGGUACGAUGAGAUAGAGAGUUACGAUUUCAAAAAGCCUGGAUUCUCUAUGGGUACCGGACAUUUUACUCAAGUUGUAUGGACAGGCAGUCAGGAACUAGGAGUGGGAAUUGCGAAAUCUGGUAAUAAAACGUAUGUAGUUUGCAAUUAUUACCCUCCUGGUAACUACCAAGGACAAUUCCAAGAAAACGUACUUCCUGCUGGCACUUCUGCACCACCGACAAAUACAAAACCACAUGAAACUCCAUCAACUUUAUCUAGUCAAAUAAAUGCAUGUUUGGAGGCUCAUAACGUAUACAGAAUAAAACAUGGCGUAGAACCGCUAAAAUUGAAUCAAGAACUUUGUAAAUACAGUCAAAAUUGGGCUGACAAACUAAUAUCCAAAGGCACAUUGGAACACAGCGAUACAAAUGAAUAUGGUGAAAACAUUUUUUGUCUUCAAAGUAAAAAUCCAAACUUCAAAAUCUCCGGAAAAGAAGGUGUAGACAAAUGGUACAGCGAAAGUGACGGAUUCGAUUUUGAUAAUCCUCAGUUUGUCAAAGGGACCGGUCACUUUACUCAAUUGGUAUGGAAGAACAGUAGAGAACUAGGAGUUGGUAUUGCCAGAUCUGGAGGUAGAAUAAUUCUGGUUUGCAAUUAUUUUCCAUCCGGAAAUUACGUGGGGCAAUUCAUGGACAACGUACUACCUGUUGGGGGCAGACCAAACAAACCCGGACCAAAGACCACAAACAAAGAUGUCAGUGUCAACAAGGACAAAAGGAGUCAAAUUGAAGCAUGCCUUAAAGCACACAAUGUUUAUAGAGCAAAACACGGAGUUCCAGAUUUGGAAAUUUGCCCAAACUUGUGCGAAAAAAGUCAGAAGGUGGCCGAUGAUUUUAUCGCGAAUAAACGAUCGAACCGAAGUCAAACCGAUAAAUACGGAGAAAAUAUUUUCGCAGUCGAAAGUAGCGAUCCCAACUUUGUAAUUAAUGGCAAUGAAGCUGUAGACAGUUGGUAUAGCGGAAACAAGUAUUACAAAUUUGAACAGCCAGGUUUUAGUCAAAAAACAGGACAUUUCACUCAGUUAGUUUGGAAGAACUCGAAAAAACUUGGAGUGGGUAUUGCUAAAGUUGGUGGAAAAACCGUGGUGGCUUGUUUGUAUGAUCCGCCAGGUAAUUUUGAAAAAGAUUAUCCAAAAAAUGUUUUUCCUCCAGGAAGUGGACACCAUGAAAGAGACCCUACACCUUCGUCUGUUAGCAAGGAGAGUCAAAUUGAAGCGUGUCUUAAAGCACACAACGAUUAUAGAGCUAAACAUCAUGUUCCACCUUUAAAACUGAAUAAAGAACUAAGUACCCGCAGUCAAAAUUGGGCUGAAUACCUUCUCAGAGAAAAGAAAAUCGAAAGCAGCAAAUGUGAAUAUGGAGAAAAUAUUUACCAUUGUGAAUCAUCGAAUCCCAAUUUUGUUUUACACGGAAACGAACCUGUGGAGAAUUGGUACAAGCACAUCAAGGAAUAUAAUUGGGAAGAUGCCACUUUUAAUCCUAAAACUGGUAAUUUUACACAAGUUGUGUGGAAGAACACGACAGAAUUAGGUGUGGGUAUUGCCUAUGAAAAGGGCAAAUACGUAGUGGUAUGUAACUAUAACCCUAGAGGAAAUUACAAAGGACAGUUUUCUGAGAAUGUGUUAGCUCCCGGAGGAAAAGUAAUCGAGCCCAAAUUAAAACCACCAACUUACAGUCUGACAGAUCAACGCAAAAAUUGUCUGAAGGCGCACAACAAGUACAGAGCACAACAUGGUGUGCCACCGUUGCAGCUGAGCGAAGAACUCAACACCUACAGUCAAAAGUAUGCUGAGCACAUGGCGCAGAACGACGUAUUUGAGCAUAGCAACACAGAUAAAAUGGGCGAAAAUAUCUUCCUCUUCGACAGCACCGAUCCAACAGCCGAGUUGACCGGUGAAGAAGCCGUGACGUCUUGGUACAACGAGAUCAAAGACUACGAUUUUGACAAACCGGCAUUUAGUAAGGACACGGGUCACUUCACCCAAGUGAUUUGGAAGAACUCCAAGGAGUUGGGGGUCGGUGUUGCUAGGAAAAAGGGAAAGAUUUACGUGGUCUGUAAUUAUACACCUGCUGGCAAUAAUUGUAGGAAAUUUGAGGAAAAUGUACCGAGACGUGUAAAGUGAUUUCAAGUUUGAUAAAUGUUGCUGUAAAUGAAUACUUGUAUAUUAUAUUUUUUAAAUAAAUAGAACAGCAGAUAAGA